AGAUGGGCAUGGGUGAGUCAGGUGAGACUAAAGGGAAGGUCAUCAGUUGCAAAGCUGCGGUUGUAUGGGGUCCAGGACAACCCUUUGCUAUAGAAGAAGUGCAAGUCCAUCCUCCACAGAAAAUGGAGGUCCGAAUGAAGGUCCUCUAUACCUCCAUUUGCCACACGGAUCUCAGCGCUUGGAAAGGAGAGAACAAGGCCCAACAAAUGUAUCCUCGAAUACUUGGCCACGAAGCGGCAGGGAUCGUUGAGAGUGUGGGAGAAGGAGUGAAGGACAUGAAAGAAGGUGACCAGGUGGUUCCAAUCUUCAAUGGAGAAUGUGGAGUGUGUGCUUACUGUAAAUCGGAGAAAAGUAACCUGUGCGAGAGGUACCGGGUGAAUCCGAUGAAAGCCGUGAUGGUUCACGACGGGAAGACCAGGUUCUCCACUCGUGGGGGCCACCAGCCCAUUUACCAUUUCCUUAAUACAUCCACUUUUGCGGAGUACACCGUCGUCGACUCCGCCUGUGCGGUCAAGAUAGAUGCGCUGGCUCCUCUCAGAAAGAUGAGCUUGCUCAGUUGUGGCGUUUCUACAGGGAUUGGAGCUGCUUGGAACACCGCAAACGUGCAAGCCGGAUCAAGCGUGGCCAUCUUUGGUUUGGGUGCUGUGGGGCUUGCUGUAGCAGAAGGAGCACGGUUAAGAGGAGCUUCACGAAUCAUAGGCAUCGACAUCAAUCCUGAUAAAUUUAUGAAAGGUAAAACAGUAGGGAUUACCCAUUUUGUUAACCCAAAUGAUUUCCAGAAAGAGGAGGAUAAAGCUGUGCAUGAGAUUAUUCAAGAAAUGACUGACGGAGGAGUUGAUUACAGUUUCGAGUGCUCAGGAAACUUGGGAGUUCUUCGGGAGGCUUUCUUGUCCACCCAUGAUGGAUGGGGAUUGACUGUAAUUUUGGGAAUCCAUCCAACGCCAAGAACGCUUCCUCUCCAUCCCAUGGAACUCUUCGACGGUAGAAGAAUCGUGGGAUCUGUGUUCGGAGACUUCAAAGGGAAGACCCAAUUGCCUCAUUUCGCCAUCCAAUGCAUGCAUGGGGUUGUGAAUCUUGAUGGGUUUAUCACUCACGAGCUUCCUUUUGCUGACAUCAAUGAAGCGUUUCAAUUGCUCGCCGACGGGAAAGCAUUGAGAUGUCUUCUCCAUCUCUGAGGCUAUAU